CUACUUUAAUUCGUAUUUUGCAGAUUUUUCGUUAAUACUUUCUUUCUUUCAACGUCGUCUGACCAGUGAAGACGUGCGUAAAUAUCUAAAGAAUGUCUCAUCGUAAAUUCUCCGCGCCACGCCAUGGCUCCAUGGCUUUCUACCCCAAGAAGCGCUCACGUCGCCAUCGUGGUAAGGUUAAGGCUUUCCCUAAAGAUGAUGCAUCCAAGCCAGUACAUUUAACUUGCUUUGUGGGCUACAAAGCCGGUAUGACACAUGUUGUGCGUGAAGCAGAUCGUCCUGGUUCAAAGAUUAACAAGAAGGAGGUCGUUGAAGCUGUUACCGUUUUGGAAACACCACCAAUGAUUGUUGUUGGUGCUGUUGGUUACAUUGAAACACCUUUCGGCUUACGUGCCUUGGUUAAUGUUUGGGCACAGCAUUUGUCCGAAGAGUGCCGUCGUCGUUUCUACAAGAACUGGUACAAAUCCAAGAAGAAGGCCCACACCAAGGCCAGCAAGAAAUGGACUGACGAAUUGGGCAAGAAGAGCAUUGAAAACGAUUUCCGUAAGAUGCUCCGCUACUGCAAAGUCAUCCGCGUCAUUGCUCAUUCUCAGAUUCGUUUGAUUAAACAACGCCAAAAGAAGGCACACAUCAUGGAAAUUCAAUUGAACGGUGGUUCAAUUGAAGAUAAAGUGAAAUGGGUUAAAGAACAUUUGGAAAAGCCCAUCUUAGUCAGCAAUGUCUUUGGACAAGAUGAAAUGAUCGAUUGCAUUGGUGUCACCAAGGGUAAAGGUUUCAAGGGUGUAACCGCACGUUGGCAUACAAAGAAAUUGCCACGCAAGACGCACAAGGGUUUGCGUAAGGUUGCCUGUAUUGGUGCCUGGCAUCCAUCUCGUGUGUCCUUCACCGUUGCACGUGCCGGUCAGAAGGGUUACCAUCAUCGUACAGAAAUCAACAAGAAGAUCUACCGUAUUGGUGCUGGCAUACACACCAAGGAUGGCAAAGUUAUCAAGAACAAUGCCUCCACUGAGUACGAUUUAACUGACAAGAGCAUUACACCCAUGGGUGGUUUCCCACAUUACGGUGAAGUCAACAAUGAUUUCGUUAUGCUUAAGGGAUGCUGUAUUGGCUCAAAGAAACGUGUGAUCACCUUGCGUAAAUCUUUGUUGAAACAUACCAAGCGUUCUGCUUUGGAAAAUAUCAAACUCAAGUUCAUCGAUACUUCAUCUAAAAUGGGUCAUGGUCGCUUCCAAACACCAGCCGAUAAGUUGGCAUUCAUGGGUCCACUUAAGAAGGAUCGUGUUAAGGAAGAAGCCGCUGCAGCUGAUUCUGCUACCCCAGCUGCCGCAACCACUUCUGCUUAAGCGGUUUACGUUUACUAUAAGCGUAUAUUUUAAGCAAUGUACAAGAUUUACUGUGUUUUAAAUAUAGUAAAACAAAAAAUAAAUUAUUUUUUUUUAACUAAUA